GGAAAAAACACCUGCCUGCUUUGACGCCGGGCCAGGCUGACUGACUGACUGUACGAGCCUCCCUCCCUCCCCUCCUCGAAGACUGUAUUACUGGAACCUCUUAGAUAUAAGACAUGAAUCCCGUAGCUAAGAACAAAAGAAACACAACAGCAACAACACAACCGACCCUCCAACACUCCCACACACCAACCAGUUCACCAACCUCCAGUCUCUGCCAUGGCCAACCCAGCAGGCGUACACGAGGCGCCUACUAGCCACUCACUCUCGCCUCCAGGAUCGCCACUACACCGCUCCGCUUCAGGGCUCACAUUGACAAACCCGCCGCCAGUACGGUGGGAGAGCUACCCGGAAAGCCUCAGUGCCGUGAACUACAACCCCGUGGAGUCAAACAUCAAGCGACAUGCACGGCGCCUCGCCAAAGAAAUGUCUUCGGGACGAUUGCUGGUCGGUGAUGAGAAGCAGGCGGAUGUUGACUCGAUUACUGUGCGGUACUCGCAAGACGGGGAGAAGUGCGACCAGAUCGAGUAUGCCGAACACGAUAGCGUGGAGGGCGUGGAGUCCAUGCUGGAGGGCGCCACAGCCGCGUCGACGUCUACAUUCAUCACGAUCACACCAAACGGUUCUUUCGGCUACCUCCCGGUGUGUCGGGAAGCACUGCUGAAGAUCCUCUCGUACCUUGCUGUCUUCCCCGGGUUCCUCGAGAUUCUCUACACUUUUGGCCAGAAGAUCUGGGAGGAGAACGAGAACUUUGGGAUUUAUAGACAGCACUGUCAUCUACCGGCGCCGGACGCUGAUGGAGAAGACGUCGGAGCUCCUGAGCCUUUCUUUGAGGUUUGCUACAACCUCAAGUACGUGACCAAGACGGAGUCCAACAUGCCCACUGAGAAGUUCCGGUUCGCCACACGCAAGACGGGGGUAUGGAUGAAGUACUAUCCAUCGAGCCAGCGAUCAGUGUGGAUGAACGUGCACCCAUCCGACGAAUUCUGGGAGCAGCUGGAGGACCUAGUGCAGGCCGACAGCGCCUCGGCCACCCGACGGAGCGACCUCGAUAUCCACCUGCUGCAGCUGUCGUGCGCGGACGAGAGCUGGGCGGAGUACAUCAACCACCUGGAGCAGGAGAACCACCUACUGAAACUCAAAACCUGCAUCAGCAGCAGCGCCCCUUCCCGCGCUCCCUCCGCCAACCUGCAAAAAUCUAGCGCACUAGACGACGCGCAGCGCCUGGCGCGGCAACGCAGCAAGCUGCUGGAGCUGUACAACUUCCUGGGGAUGAACGAGUACAUCAUCGCGUCGAUGAGCGCGGGGUUCGCCGAGUUCCGACGGCUCAGCGCGGCCUCCGCGGCCUCAGCGGCAAAACUCGCGGGGGACAAGGAGUUUGAAAUGUUCGAGGCUGCGCUACAGAGGCAUGGAAUGAGAACGGCGCAACAUAGGGAUAGGGUCAUGACUCUGCUUAGGGUGUGUGAGAGCUUGGCUACGCUGGUCCCCAGCAUGUUAGUCUCACAUGACAACAACCUCAUGCGCGGCCUGCAGGAGAAGGCGGCCGAGUACACGCGGUCGAUGAAGACGAUCACGGUGGUCACAAUGGUGUACCUACCACCAACCUUUGCUGCCGGCCUCUUCGGCGUAGAAUUCAUCCAGGGCAAAUCUCUAAGCCAGUUCAAGUACCGACUGAUGGUGUUCCUGCUGCUGCUGUCGGCGCUGAUGGCGGUGACGAUCGGCAGCUGGAGGUGGUACGAGAGCCGCACAAGGAAGGCGGACGGGGAGCUUGCAGAUUUGGAGGCCGCGGGGGAUAAAAGAAACGGGAAUGGGGGCGGGGUUAGGGGGGCUGGUGGGGCGGGAGCGGGAGGGAUGGGAGAGCUGGCAGCGAAGAUUUGUCCGCCGCCGCUGGUGAGGUCGUAUGGGAGUACGGAGCAGACACAGACGCAGAAGUAGCGGGGAGAGGAUGGUAGGUUCUACGCGGGGCCUUGGUUGGAUAACCAGACCGGGUCGGGGAAGGGAAAAUUAUAGAUAUAGACG